GCCGCGGGGCUCACGGCUUUGCUUGCUGUCGCUGCAGGUCGAGAUGGCCGGGGCGAGGACGGCGCUGGCCGGGCUUCCGCUGCUGCUGCUGCUGCUGCUGGUGCUGCCCCGCGGGGGCCGAGCCGAGCGGGACUGCAGAGUGAGCGGCUUCAGGGUCCAGGACAACUUCGACAAGGCUCGCUACAGCGGCAUCUGGUACGCCGUGGCCAAGAAAGACCCUGAAGGGCUGUUUCUGCAAGAUAAUGUGGUAGCCGAGUUUGCUGUAGAUGAGUACGGGCAGAUGAGCGCGACUGCAAAGGGCAGAGUCCGACUUUUCAAUAACUGGGAUGUAUGUGCUGACAUGAUUGGUUCUUUCACUGACACUGAAGAUCCUGCUAAAUUCAAGAUGAAAUACUGGGGAGUGGCUGCAUACCUCCAGAGGGGAAAUGAUGACCACUGGAUAGUGGACACAGAUUAUGACACUUAUGCAAUUCACUACUCCUGCCGGGAACUAAAUGAUGACGGUACCUGUGCUGAUAGCUACUCAUUCGUGUUCUCCCGGGACAUUAAUGGAUUAUCCCCAGAGGCGCAGAGAAUUGUCAGGCAGAGGCAAGUUGAGCUCUGCUUGGACAGAAAAUAUAGACUUAUUGUUCAUAACGGAUACUGCUCUUAAGGAGAUCCUAAAGUAUUGGGAGCAAAGUAUGUAACAGCAGUAUGGAUAAAAAGUUUACCAUCCAAGUGUUAAAUCUUUUAAGCAACUUUCCAAUUUUGAAUAUAUUUAUCUGAGUUCUGCAGUUCACCUUGUCAAUAAGCAGUGAAACCUUUUAAUAAACUUGAAUUACAGGGAGUACA